UCUGGGGACACUGCAACUCAUUUCGCCCGUAUGGUUUGCGCUAUGGCUCUCGGAUAUAUCUAAACUACGGUCCAUCGCCCGUAGUUUCUUGGAGGACAGCCAAGUCGCAUUCGUUUAUAACAACACAGGGGCCUUUCCCCGGAUUCUAAAGAUGUGGUUGCCGACUUCUGGAAUCGGGUCCAAGUUUCGGACAUCAAGAUCGGGAUCAGGAUCAGCACAGAGCAGUCCUGGCAAGAACCCAUCGGCCCCUCAGACACCGAAAGCUGGAGCCAGCACAUCUGCUACUCGAAUGGAAAGCUCUCCUUCGAUGCCGGCGAGAAAGAAAAGAAAGAUCGACACCUCAGAUCUCAGCUCUUCCCCAAGACGAGGGGAGGAUGCUGGGAGCGAUUGUCAUGCUCGGGACCGCGUCUGCAUUCUGACAAAGGCCACACAGCCUUUGGAAGCCGCGCAUAUCUUCCCAUCCCACCUCUGCAAUAACUCGAGCGACUCGCAACUAUCCUUCAUUAUGUUGCUCGGGAUUUUCUGGUCUGGGGAGACAGUAGACAAGUGGACCCGGCACAAUGAAGCCGUUUUGAAGUCCGUUGCCAACCGUUUGCUGUUAUGCCCAAGCUGCCAUUCAUAUUGGGACCGCGGUCUCUUUGGUCUGCUGCCUGUCAGUGUAGCGCCUGACACCAAGUCAAUAACAGUAAAAUUCUACUGGCUCGGAGGUGACAAGGACCUCCCUGCCACGGGAAGCACUGAGCUGCUCGGUGGUGACGACAAUUUCAUUCUUCCUCCCAUCGCCAUGCCCAGCGAUCUCCGCGAGGGGGGCCACCGACAGAUCAACACGAGCAAGUUGCCCGACGUUCCACCCAACUUGGCUCUCUUUGACAACGAGACUGAGAAUAUCAUUUCCUCUGGAGAAACGAUCACCAUCACGACUCCGGACCCCGAUUCUCUCCCUCUUCCCAGUGAAGACCUCUUGUCCUUACAAUGGACGCUACAUAGGCUGGCAGCCCUUUGUGCUGCUGCUGGCUGGCAACCGUCCGAUGAAGAUGAUGAUGAAAAUAACAACGACAGCGCAUCUGACCAGGAGGCCUUCAUACAAACCCCGCUGUCCGAGGAACUACAAGACGUUAGUCGUAUGACCGAAGGGAAGAUGGUCUACAUGGAAGAAAGACUGGGUGUUCGGGGCGAAAAUAGUAAUAUGAGCGGGUCAACCAAUUAAGAUCUCAAGAUCUCCUCACUGCGACCUAUUUAUUGGCCUUGUUCAUAUUACAUAUAGUUGAUUAAUCUCCGUAUUUGUCAUCGCGGGGUUCCGGAUGGGAAAUACGGAGAUCCUUCGGAGUGUCCGACCCCACGUCCACGUACAAAUAAACAGAAUAACUACAUUAAACA